UUUUCCCGGAGAGACCACGCUUUCCCUCUUGCUCCUCAACUGCUCCGCCUUCCCGCCGGAGCCUAAUCCUUCCCAGCGUGCUCGGCGGUUCCGGCGUGCGAGGCCCGGGGAGGGCAAGGCCCCAGGGCCUGGUUUAGGGGCGCGAGAGGCAGCCUGGGAGUUGUAGUUCCAGAGCACAGGAGGUCGGCUGGAGACCGGCGACAGGCAGGACUCGUUGUCCCACGGUGCCCCGCGCUCAGCCCGCGCGCUCGCGGCUUCUCGCUCUCGCCACCCGCCCGCCUGCCCGCCCGCUCCCUUGCUUGCUCGCGCUUUAGCUCGCGCUCUCCUCGCGGAUCGAGGAGCUCUGGCCACAGCCUUGAGGCUGGGAAGGGACACCGAGGCGGCAGCUCAGGGGAAGCGAGGCUGCAGUGGUGGCGAUAGGAAGAUGUCGGGCGAGGACGAGCAGCAAGAGCAAACUAUCGCCGAGGACCUGGUCGUGACCAAGUAUAAGAUGGGGGGCGACAUCGCCAACCGGGUACUUCGAUCUUUGGUGGAAGCAUCCAGCUCAGGUGUGUCGGUACUGAGCCUGUGUGAGAAAGGUGAUGCCAUGAUUAUGGAAGAGACAGGGAAAAUCUUCAAGAAAGAAAAGGAAAUGAAGAAAGGUAUUGCCUUUCCUACCAGCAUUUCGGUAAAUAACUGUGUAUGUCACUUCUCCCCUUUGAAGAGUGACCAGGACUAUAUUCUCAAGGAAGGUGACUUGGUAAAAAUUGACCUUGGGGUCCAUGUGGAUGGCUUCAUUGCUAAUGUGGCUCAUACUUUUGUGGUGGGUGUAGCUCAGGGGACCCAAGUAACAGGGCGGAAAGCAGAUGUCAUUAAGGCAGCUCACCUUUGUGCUGAAGCUGCCCUACGCCUGGUCAAACCUGGAAACCAGAAUACACAAGUGACAGAAGCCUGGAACAAAGUUGCCCACUCAUUUAAUUGCACGCCAAUAGAAGGUAUGCUGUCACAUCAGUUGAAGCAGCAUGUCAUUGAUGGAGAGAAGACCAUUAUCCAGAAUCCCACAGACCAACAGAAGAAGGACCAUGAAAAGGCUGAAUUUGAGGUACAUGAAGUAUAUGCUGUGGAUGUUCUCGUGAGCUCAGGAGAGGGCAAGGCCAAGGAUGCAGGACAGAGAACCACCAUUUACAAACGAGACCCCUCUAAACAAUAUGGCCUGAAAAUGAAAACUUCACGUGCCUUUUUCAGUGAGGUGGAAAGGCGUUUUGAUGCCAUGCCAUUUACUUUAAGAGCAUUUGAAGAUGAGAAGAAGGCUCGGAUGGGUGUGGUGGAGUGUGCCAAACAUGAGCUGCUACAACCAUUUAAUGUUCUCUAUGAGAAGGAGGGUGAAUUCGUUGCCCAGUUUAAAUUUACAGUUCUACUUAUGCCCAAUGGCCCCAUGCGGAUAACCAGUGGUCCCUUUGAACCUGACCUCUAUAAGUCUGAGUUGGAGGUCCAGGAUGCAGAGCUAAAGGCCCUCCUCCAGAGUUCUGCAAGUCGGAAAACCCAGAAAAAGAAGAAAAAGAAGGCCUCCAAGACUGCAGAGAAUGCUACCAGUGGAGAAACAUUAGAAGACAAUGAAGCUGGGGACUGAGGUGGGUCCCAUAUCCCCAGCUUGCUGCUCCUGCCUCAUUCCCUUCCCACCACACCCCAGGCUCUGUGAAAUGCAGUUCGUCUUCUCCACCCAAGACCACCAGCAGAGCGGGGUCUCCUUGCCCCCAUCCCAGUCCCCCAGUCCAGCCCCUUCCAACAACAACCAGCUCCAACUGACUCUGGUCUUUGGGAGGCCAGGCCUCCCUGCCACUGAAGACUACUUUAAAUGGAAAGAAAGAAAUUGAAUAAUAAAAUCAGGAGUUAAAAUCCAUUGUCUUCAAGCCCCUCCUAGCCUUUUCUACCACUCUGCUUGGUCAAGGUGUGGCCCUACAACAGAACAGGGAAGAGGCUAAAUAAGCCAACACCACUAAAACCUCAGCUGAAAAUUUUUUUGUACCACUCUGCUGUCAGCAUUUUCUCAUCUGUUUGGGGCUUUUUUCUCUCAUUUCCCAUUCUUCCCCAAGUAUUUUAUCUGCCCUCAAAAUUAAGAGGACCUGUUCUUCAGAUUGUUUUUAUUCACCUGUGAUAGAUUCAUCUGAUACAGGCUAUCUAGUCAGGCCCUUCUUGUUUUUAGGAGCUGAAGUUUUCCACUUAUGAAGAAAUUCUUAUCAAAAUGGAUCCUUAUUUUUAAAUCCUUUUAGUCAUUUUUUUCUGCAGGGUCUUUUUUUCCCCCAAAAUUUUCACAAAGCUAUAAAGAAGUAAUCCGUCUCAACCUCAUCCUUUGAGUCAGUGGGGCCUGUCUUCACUCCAUCUUACACAAACCUAAGCCAGAAGGUCAACUGUGGCUUUGUUCCCUGUUUGAGAUACGAUGACCUCCCUCCCUUGAAAGGAAAACCAGAACCCAGAGGAGGAGACUGAAGAGACAAUUCCUGACUUUCUGAAGCUGUGGACUUGGAUUGGAUGAAUUGCUGGGGGUUUGUAGAGAAAGGUGACAAAUUUUGGUACCUCUGGCAUGCUGUCCCAGGGAACUAGGGGCUCCCACUAACUUAAGAGGUUUUUAAAAUGAUAUGACAUAAAAAUAAAUUUGGAUUUGCUCAUAAU